UAGGACCACUCGCAUAAAUGAUCCUCGUGCUCGUUCAGUCUGUUUUGUGUUUUCUCGGGCGGGGCCUUUCUGAACUCUCGAGGAGUGACACUUAAGAUCGUCUGCAGUCAUGGUCAUGGAGUGGAAACCUAUGGAAAUAAACCCGGAGAUGCUGAAUAAGGUAUUAAGUAAAUUGGGUGUGGGCUCGAGUUGGCGUUUUGUGGAUGUUUUGGGUCUGGAACAUGAGUCUUUGUCAGGGGUGCCUUCACCCUGCUGUGCCAUGAUGCUGCUCUUCCCUUUAACGCAACAGCACGAGGACUUUCGUUCCAAACAGUCGGUUGACGACUCUAAAAGUGUAUAUUUUCUGAAACAAACUGUGGUCAACUCAUGUGGAACUGUGGGGUUGGUACAUGCUGUGGCAAACAACCAGGACAGUAUUGAUUUUGACAGUGACUCUGCACUGAAGAAGUUUCUGAAAGCCACCUCAGGGAUGUCUGCCGCAGAAAGAGCCAAAGAACUCGAACAAAAUAAGGCCUUCCAGGAAACUCAUGAUGCAGUUGCUGAUGAAGGACAGUGUCUGCCAGAGGGAGACAAAGUCAACUUCCAUUUCAUUACAUUUGUCAAUGUAAACGGUCAGCUUUAUGAGCUGGAUGGCAGAAUAGAUGGACCUGUGAAUCAUGGACCUACAAAACCAGAAAGCUUUGUCAUGGAUGCAGCAAGGGUGUGCCGUGAGUUUAUGGAACGAGAGAAAGGGGAGGUUCGUUUCUCUGCUGUGGCUCUCUCCAAAGCCUGAGAGGAGACUGACAACUUGGCUUGAACCAUAAGCAGUUUCGGAAAACCCUUCAUGCACAUACACAGAGCACAGAAUCCAAACAUAUACCAUCCCUUGAUACAUACUACACAAACUGUCUGCCUGUCUGACUGUGAAUUACUGUAAUUUCUAAUUUAUUUUAUUUUGUCUCCUUAACUACUAUGCUCUUUGUAAACAUCAGUGUUUAUUUUUAGCUCUUGUUGAUGUACCUCAUUUAGUUCUAGUUCUAAUAUUUUUGGGCACUUUUUUGAUGGGGGCAACAAUUAGCAGAAAUUUAAUGUAAACUCAAGCUUGGGAGGUGUAUGUUCAAAAUAAACAAAAACCAAAAAGGAUAA